AUGUCACAUAUACUAAAUCCUUCGGACACGAUAGAAGUCGAACAUGAGGUUGAUAAUAUAGAAGAGUCAAAUACAGGUUCUCCAUUACCUAAUAAUACAAAUCAAUUGGAAAUAGAUCAAAUCACCACAAACAAUACAAUACGAGAAGAAACACCAAUAGAACAAGAUGAUGAAGAAUUCGCAGCAAUGUCAUUACCACUUUCCAAAAUCAAAAAAAUAUUUAAAAUGGAUUUGGAUUAUGCAGGUGCUAGUUCAAGUGCAGUAUACACAACAGGAUUAGCUACAGAAUUAUUUGUACAAUAUUUUGUCGAACAAGCUAGUCUUUUAGCUAAAAUGGAUAAACGUAAAAAGAUUCAAUAUAAGGAUUUUUCAAAUGCUGUAAGUAGUCAUGAUUCUUUAAACUUUCUAAGUGAUACAAUACCAAGAACUCAUCAAGUUGGUGAUCUAAUACAAAGAAAAAAAAUUCAUACUUUAGAUCAAGUAAAUUUAAAUGCAAAUCCAAUUAAUAGAAGAGAAGGUAAUAAUAGUGCUAAUAAGAAUCAAGAUCAAAAUGGAGAUAAUGCUCAACAGGCUCAAAAAGUUAGAAAACAACAAGAAUUACCAAAAGGUCAACAAACGCUAAAUUUUCAACCAGAAAAACCAAUUAAAAUAGCUAGCGUGAAUGAUUUAAUGAUUGCAGAAGAUAGUAAUAAUGACACUGAAGAAGUUGAUGUAGAAAUGAUUGAAUAA